UCUGUCCGGAAAUAAGCCUGCCACCUUUCUAGGACCAUGUGGUGAGAAUAACCCUCUUAGAUUGACCCGCUCUGAAGCUGGCGUCGCGUGCUAAACGGGGCGUUGUCAGAGAAGAGCAAGGCAUAUGGUCCAAGGCGAUGGUGAAUCAUCGGUCUCCAAGUGACACAGCACAACACAGCCGUGAGGCUGGUGAAGAAUGGAAUAUUUCAGGCACCCUUCGAAUUUGCCGUUCCACUCCCAUAAGCAAGACAGCCAUGGCUCUUGGCCCCGCAGCUGACACAAUGAGUGAUGAUCAAGUGUCUAAACCUUGCGCGUGUCGACUUCAGGGUCUUUCCUCGGAACCACCAUCUAGUCCUGUGACUAGCAUUUCAUUCAAACGAGUGGCUUCUGCAAGCAUUUACAGUUGCAUGGUCGGCGCCGACUCUUUUCAUUCGCAUCGGAAACGAAUGUUCAAUGCGGGUUGUGUCUGUCAGUGCGGUCUAGUGGCCCGAUUUCGCAUAUCCAGGAGUCGCCGGUCCCUCCAUAGUUGUUAUUCUAGCCUAACUUGGGCACUUGUCAGUGAUGUCCUGGUACGUAUUUCAGCGUAACUUUCUGGACACAAUUAUGGCCAUUCUCGAACUACCACAAGCUGCCGUUUCUUAUCGUCUGCUGCCAUCACGGGACUCCCGCCUUGAUAUCUCAAAGUGGUCGCUCUUGGGAUCAUCUCUUGUAGCUGUGAAGGCAGAACGUGCACCCAAAGCAAUAUCAGGCAUUGGGUUGUAACGUUUAACCAUUGCUCAAAACAACCAACGUCCGUUUGCCUAGAGUGUAUUGAAAUGAUAUCCUGCCCUAGCCGAAGGCCGG